CACUCUCCCUCCCCACCUCUUUCGCUCUCUCCUUCUUGACCCCUAUCGCUCUUCUCGUCCCCUUCUCUCCCGCCCGAUCGACCCAAGAACUGCCGAUUUCGCCGGUUCUUGGCUCGAUCUCUCCCCUCUGGCCAUCCCCACCUGUUUCCCGGUUCGAUCUCCCAAACCGAUUUGAUUGCAUCACACCAAACAAGGAAGAAUUUUUCUUUCUUGUUUACAUCUGGCCUGUUGUUCCCGAUCGAGCGAUUGGAUCGUCACAUGCUCCCAUGCUCUACUGCGACGUGAAUAACACAGGCAUUCCUCAUUUGGAUUCCGUCGGAUUGUGUCAUAAUUGGCCAAAGUUGUGACGUUUAAAGCGGGGGGAUUCUGUUCGGAAAUUCUCCAACAUGGGGAGGGUGAAGCUCAAGAUUAAGAAAUUGGAGAACAGCAGCGGCCGGCAAGUGACGUAUUCGAAGCGGCGGUCAGGGAUCCUCAAGAAGGCCAAGGAGUUAUCCAUACUCUGCGACAUUGAUCUCAUCCUCCUCAUGUUCUCCCCCGCCGGAAAGCCCACCAUAUGCGUCGGCGACAAAAGCCCCAUAGACGAAGUCAUUGGAAAGUAUGCACAACAAACUCCUCAGGAAAGGGCUAAAAGGAAGCUGGAGAGCUUAGAAGCCCUAAAAAAGACAUUCAAGAAGCUAGACCAUGAUGUCAACAUUCAGGACUUCUUAGGCUCCGGGGGUCAGACGGUCGAGGAACUAUCGAGUCAUCUUGGUGCUUUGCAAUGUCAAAUGGCAGAUGUUCAAAAGCGUCUCAGUUAUUGGAGCGAUCCUGAGAAGGUUGACAAUAUCGACCAUAUAAGAGCAAUGGAGCAAUCUCUCAAAGAAUCUCUUAAUCGCAUCGGAAUUCAUAAGGAAAACUUCACGAAGCAGCAUCUGAUGGGCCUACAGUGUGCUGCAGCUCAGUUCCAGAACGACAUGCAGCUCCCUCUGGGCCUGACCGGUGACCCGAACGCUUCGUCAUGGUUCCACAAUGGCGGCGGUGGCGAUGGGCAGCAACCUAUGAUGCUAACUGAAGACCCCAGCUUGAUCCAUCAUAGGGACAUCGGAUGCUCGACGAGCACGUCGCUGCAGAGUUACCCGGGCUACUUCAGCAUGAGCAAGCAGUCGACUGACACGAACGGCGGGGAGCAGCAUCACCAGCAGGCGUCGGCGGCGGUGCAGCAGCAGCCAGAGUUCAGCCAGGGCGAGUGCCCGACGUCUCUGCACCUGGGCGCGCAGUUCCCGUACCAGUCCGCCUUCGAUCACACCAGCCUGCUCAACGAGAGGCUCUUCCGGCCGGACAUGGAGCUGCACGUCGACAAUGCGGCGGCCAUGGACUUCGUCGGCGGCCACUACGACAUGCCGAGGCCCGGCGACGAGGCCAGCUUCCAGAACUGGGCGUCGGCGGCAUGCGGCGCCACCAUGUACGACCACCAGCAGCAGCAGCCGUCCGCCCAACUUAUUGUUCAGAACAUGACUGAAUCCCUGACCGUCGGCUCCCUGCAGCAGCAACUCUGACAGCAGCCUCGUUCGACCACGCCACUUUUCAACAUCAUCGGCUCAUGAUCAGAUAUGAUUCUUUAGCUUAGAACCCCGAAGCCAAAAGGCGCUACCAUCGCUGCUAAGGAGAAUCCCUCUCAAUCGGCUUAUUAUUAUGUAGGAGAGAACUAUGAUGUAUAGGAGAAUAUUGAAUUUUGUCAGUGUAAAACAUAAACUGACCGUAGCAAAUUCAACCUGUAAAAUAUGAUGAAUCCAUUAUUAACUCUUAUGUAAACUAUGCUACAGUUUUGCCAUGAAAAAGUUGGGACUUAGCUGACAGCUUCCAAGCACGCAACACUUUGUAAGAUUAGCUAAUACUCCCUCCAGUUGGCAAAAACACGAAUUUGAGCAUUAGUUUGUACUAGCGUAUUUAUGUACUAUUAUCCAAUAAAACGGUUUGCCCGAUCUUUUUUCUUGAAA